AAGCGGAAGGCUUCCGGGUUUUGCGGGGCCCUUCUCUCUGCAGCCGGAGCUCCAGGUCUUGUCUUCACUGCUGUGUGUCCUCUGCUCCUAGAGGUCCAGCCUCUGUGGCCCUGUGUCCUGCAGGUAUUGGGAGAUCCACAGCUAAGACGCCCGGGAGCCCCUGGAAGUCUAGAAAUGGGACCAUUGCAAUUUAGAGACGUGGCCAUAGAAUUCUCUCUGGAGGAGUGGCAUUGCCUGGACACUGCACAGCAGAAUUUAUAUAGGGAUGUGAUGUUAGAGAACUACAGAAACCUGGUCUUCCUUGGUAUUGUUGUCUCUAAGCCAGACUUCAUCACCUGUCUGGAGCAAGGAAAAAAACCUUUGACCAUGAAGAAACAUGAGAUGGUAGCCAACCCCUCAGUUACGUGUUCUCAUUUUGCCCGAGAUCUUUGGCCAGAGCAGAGCAUAAAAGAUUCUUUCCAAAAAGUGACACUGAGAAGAUAUGAAAACUAUGGACAUGACAAUUUACAGUUUAAAAAGGGCUGUGAAAGUGUAGAUGAAUGUAAGGUGCACAAAAGAGGUUAUAAUGGACUUAACCAAUAUUUGACAACUACUCAAAGCAAAAUAUUUCAGUGUGAUAAAUAUGUGAAAGUCAUUCAUAAAUUUUCAAAUUCAAACAGACACAAGAUAAGACAUACUGGAAAAAAACCUUUCAAAUGUAUAGAAUGUGGCAAAGCUUUUAACCAGCCUUCAACCCUUACUACACAUAAGAAAAUUCAUACUGGGGAGAAACCCUUCAAAUGUGAAGAAUGUGGCAAAGCCUUCAACUGGUCCUCACACCUUACUACACAUAAGAUAAUUCAUACUGGAGAGAAACGGUACAAAUGUGAAGACUGUGGCAAAGCCUUUAGCCGGUUUUCAUACCUUACUGCACAUAAGAUAAUUCAUAGUGGAGAGAAACCCUACAAAUGUGAAGAAUGUGGCAAGGCCUUUAAGCGUUCCUCUAUCCUUACUGCGCAUAAGAUAAUUCAUACUGGAGAGAAGCCCUACAAAUGUGAAGAAUGUGGCAAAGCCUUUAAGCACCCCUCUGUCCUUACUACACAUAAAAGAAUUCAUACUGGAGAGAAACCCUACAAAUGUGAAGAAUGUGGCAGAGCCUUUAAGUACUUCUCAUCCCUUACUACACAUAAGAUAAUUCAUAGUGGAGAGAAACCCUACAAAUGUGAAGAAUGUGGCAAAGCCUUCAACUGGUCCUCACACCUUACUACACAUAAGAGAAUUCAUACUGGAGAGAAACCCUACAAAUGUGAAGAAUGUGGCGAAGCCUUUAAGCACUCCUCUUCCCUUACUACACAUAAGAUAAUCCAUACUGGACAGCAACCCUUCAAGUGUGAAGAAUGUGGCAAGGCCUUUAAGUGCUUCUCUAUCCUUACUACACAUAAGAGAAUUCAUACUGGAGAGAAACCCUACAAAUGUGAAGAAUGUGGCAAAGCCUUCAACUCGUCCUCACACCUUACUGCACAUAAGAGAAUUCAUACUGGAGAGAAACCCUACAAAUGUGAACGAUGUGGCAAGGCUUUUAAGCGCUCCUUUAUCCUUACUAGACAUAAGAGAAUUCAUACUGGAGAGAAACCCUACAAAUGUGAAGAAUGUGGCAAAGGCUUUAAGUGCCCCUCUACCCUUACUACACAUAAAAAAUUCAUAUUGGAGGGAAACUGUACAAGUGUGAUAAAUGUGGCAAAGCCUUUAUAUCAUCCUCAAACCUUAGUAGACAUUAGAUAA